AAAGAUGUUAGGUUAGGUCGAUGUUUCACAAGUUUGUUUUGUAAAUAGAAUUUAAUAUUUUAUGAGAAUUUUAAUGUUUUGUUGAAAGAAAACGGCAUGAAUCUCGAUUUUACCAUAAUAUGCAGAAUUUGUAUGGGCCAUGGCAAUAUGAUGUCCCUUUUUAAAGUCGGUAUGCACAAAAAAAUGAUGGGGAUCGCUGCAAUUCAGGUUUGGCCCAAUGAUGGUCUUCCAGGCCAAAUAUGUGGCAAAUGCGCUUCCAGACUUCACAUAGCUUUCCAACUAAAACGACAAUGUGAAAGAUCAGACAUCAGAUUGAGGCAACACAAAAUUUUACUAUCACAGGAAGAGGAUAAGAAAAUACUUGAAGAAGCUCCCUCAAUUAUUGAGCCAAACAUAAAUAUGGUUGAGGGUAGUUUACCACAAGAGAAUCAAAUUGAAUCCAGGGUGUUUGUUCAACCAAAUAAUGUCAUAGAUAGUUUGAGGCCUUCUACUUAUGACCAUUUUAUGACUGUUACUCAAAACAAUCAAGCAAUUACUCAAGUUACCUAUGCCAAUAUAACUUGUGAUGGACAAAUUCAAGUGCCUGCAUAUAAUUUACAAGGAAUGAUUUAUAAUACUCAAUACACACUACAAAACACGCAAAUAGAUACGCCAGCAGAUAUUCAUCAGCAGCAUUCCCGAAUGCUCCCUUUGGAAAUUAAUACUCCACCGCCAAUUCAGUCUGAGCCAGUAACACAAACUGAAAAUAGUGAAAAUGUCAAAACUAAACAGGAAGCUAAAAAUAGUCAUAAUCAGGAAGGAAAGGCUUGUACUACUUGUGGGAAAAUUUUUAGGACUAAUAUUAAAUUGAAUAGGCAUAUGAAGAUACAUACUUACCCCAAAGAUUUACCACAUAAAUGUCACAUCUGUGGUAAAGGAUUUUCUCAUGGAGGAAACUUCAAAAUACACCUGAGAAUACACAACGAUGAAAGGCCAUUUAAAUGCCCUAUUUGCAAUAAAGGUUGCAGACAGGCGCAGGAUUUGGAAAAACAUAUGAGAACACAUACAGGAGAACGUCCGCAUAAAUGUAAUUUUUGUCCCAAAGCUUUUGCCACUAGUUCAAACCUUACUGCUCACAUUAGAACACACACAGGGGAGCGACCAUAUGUCUGCAAUGUUUGUCAAAAAGCAUUUUGUCAAAGCAAUGAACUUACCAAACAUACAAGGAUGCAUACUGGAGAAAAAAGUCAUAUAUGUGAUAUUUGUAAUAAGGGUUUUAAUGGUUCCAGUGGUCUUGUAUCUCAUCGUCGAAAACACACUGGUGAACGUCCAUAUGUUUGUCCCAAAUGCAACCUUGGAUUCAUAUCAUCGUGGAGCUUGUCUUCCCAUGUGAAAAUGCACAAUAAAAUGCACACUUCAAAGUGCGCACAAUGCGAACUGAGCUUCACCACUCUAACAACGCUAAAAGAGCAUUUUAGUAGCGCUCAUGGCAUUGUAGAGAUGAUACAGUGCAAGUGUUGUGCUGUCAAUUUUAGUACAGUGCAGGAUUAUUUUGAACAUACCAGAGAGAAAGUGGGCGAUGAUUGAGUGUACCUAGGAUUUAGGAAAUUGUAUUUAUUUAAUUUAUUCUUUUUAAAAAAAUAAAAUGUUCAAAUUGG